GCACCCCCUUCCUUCCUCCGAGAGAAAGACCCACAUCUGCGAAUGCUGCGUAGGCUAAAGGAUGUGAGCAGGAGUGGCACUUGGGUCCCUUUAAAUAGAGCCGUCCUCAAACGUUGGACCAUCAGAUCAGCUGAAGUUUGCAAACAGCUUGCUGCAGAACUCAAAGCUCCAUCCGAAAUCUGUGGGAUACAUUGUCUGUGUUUUGGGGGUAAAAGAUGGAAAUAACCAAGACAUCUGGGAUGAGGGACGUCGUCCUUGUGCUCUUACUGGCUGUUCUUCAGGGAUUUCGACUAGUAGACGCUCUUCCAAACCCAUCACCUCUCCUGGGAUCCAACUGGGGGAAUCCGAGAAGAUACGUACACCUGCAGACGUCUUCAGAUGUGAACAAUUUCUACCUUGAGAUCAGUUUAAAUGGCCACGUGAGCAAAACUACACUUCGAAGCUCAUACAGUGUGAUUUUAUUGAAGGCGGAAACAAGAGAGCGCGUGGCGAUACUUGGAGUCAAAAGUAACCGCUACCUGUGCAUGGAUGCCCUGGGAAACCCUUUCAGCUCUACUGUUUGCCUCAAGGAAGACUGUCUUUUUAACCACAAGCUAUUGGAAAACCACCGCAACGUGUACUACUCUUACAGAACUGGUAUUCUGCUCAACUUGGAAGGGAUAAAGCAAGUGUACACUGUGGGUCAGAAUAUACUGCAAACCUCCCUCUUCCUGUCGGAGAAGAACACCGUGCCGCUGGAGCGCCUCUUGCACCGGGAGAAGAGAAACCGGGUGGUUGACCCUUCUGAUCCGUACAACAUGCUGGGUCAAACGGAGGAGGACUCCCGGGCAAUGCCGCAACUGGAUGACACCUUGGAGAUGGACCAGGAGGCUGAACUCCCCGAGGGACGCAACAUCUCCCGGGAGACCCCCCAGUCUCCCUCCGACGACCCGUGGAACGUGCAUUCUCUAAAUCCCCCUCCCAGCCCCCGUAUCAUGAAUGGAAUGAUGGGAUAAGAGGACAGGACACUCGAAAUAAUUGUGCGUCUUUUUUGGAGAAAAAAGGAGUUGAGCUGAAGUCACUUUAUUAAAUGUUAUAUAAUGCAAGAAGACUGCAAGAAAAUACUAUUGAUAUGAAACUUAAACAUAUUCCAUCUAAAAUUGGCCCUACUAAAAUGUUGAAUAUGCCAGUAGACCUGCAUGUUAUAAUGCAUGUUCUUCAAGUGAGACGUUUAAUUUUAAACGGAAAUGAAUGGUCCACCCUACAGGAUAUCAGAACGAAUAGAAACGACAUGUUAUAGAUGCUGGCCACGAAAAGCAAGCAACAAAGCCAGUUCGAAGAAAGUUGAAAGCAUUUAUUUAUUUAAAUCCAUUCAUUUAUUGUUAUUUAUAGUAUACUAUUUAUAUGGAUGCUUAACUGUUAAAGAGUCAUUUUGAAAACCUGUUAUGAGGAGGCUAUGUGUGUGAGGGCUAGUAACAUUUAUCUUGAAAAAAUGUAUUAUGUUGAUGAAGAAAAUAUGACUUUCCAAUUAAUUAAUUUAUAUUCUAUUUUAGAUCAAUAUUUUAGAACUUCAGGAUGAAGAACUGUAUACUCACAAGCACUAAAUCCUAGAAUUCUAUGUAUGAUGCAAUCAUAUAAGUACAGGCUAAAAGUGUGAGGAAGCUCUAUGUGUCACAUUAAGUGCGUAAGCAGGUUGACCAUUGAUUGACUCAUUCACUUCGAGCUUCCAGUCAUUAAGGUUGCGUGUCUCACGCUUCCGCAUCUCAUUAUGGAGAAAAUUGGCAUCCCUUAGUUUCUGCCAAACCAUCAUUGUCUAAAAAUAAACAUUUCCACGUUCUA